GUUUGUCCUUCCUCCUUACAAAAGACAUUUAAACAAGCGAGCUCUGAUCAAACAUAGCUAGGGAGAAGUAGGUCACUCAUCGUCGCUGUCUUUAAGCAGAAGAAGAUCAGAGAGAAGGAACGCGAAACAGAGAAAUCCACUCUUUCUUCACCAUGAAAGAUGAUUACGAGGUUGAUGAGAAGAAACAAGCAGCAGCAGAUGUAUUGUUUAGUUAUUCCAAGUUUGCUAUGGCCUGCAUCGGCAAUCAGACUCGUCCUUCCGACAUGAGGAUGCAUCUCAUGAAGGAGAUCUCGGGAAUGCCAACGUCUUUGAAAAGAAGAGAAGCUUCAAGAGCUGCAACUUCUCCUGAUCCACUCGGCGAAUCUUCCAGCUCUGGUACCGCCAGGCUUGAUAAAGUUGAUAGUUUCAGAGCUCUUUGAUUCUUUUAAGUUUUUUUUUUUUUUUAAUAAUCUCCACCAUAGAUAAUGUUAGAGUGUUAUGCUGUAAUGUAUUCCACCCAUUGUU